AUUAAGUCUACAAUCUAUACUACAUUUUGUCUAUGGUUAAAUCAUAUUUCACUAGAAAAUUAAAUGGUUCCGUUUCCGAAGUAACCAAAAAUCCCUUGAUCUUUUUCCGGUUUAUCAUCGUGUUGUACGCACAGCAAAAUGAAAGCCAAGGGUGAAUUGAAGGAGUUUGAAGUAAUCGGUCGUAAGUUACCGACCGAAAAAGAGACAACUACACCGCUGUAUAAAAUGAGAAUAUUUGCACCUGAUGCUAUCGUCGCAAAAUCUAGAUUUUGGUAUUUUUUACGCCAACUCAAAAAAUUUAAGAAAUCUACGGGAGAAAUUGUUUCUUUGAAACAGAUACCAGAAAAAUCUCCAGUCAAAAUCAAGAAUUUUGGAAUUUGGUUAAGAUAUGACUCAAGGUCUGGAACUCAUAAUAUGUAUAGAGAAUAUAGAGAUCUCUCUGUCAGUGGUGCUGUAACGCAAUGCUACAGAGAUAUGGGAGCUCGUCAUCGUGCCCGUGCUCAUUCAAUUCAGAUCAUUAAAGUCGAAGUUGUAAAAGCGGCAAAUUGUAGAAGACCUCAAGUCAAACAAUUCCACGAUUCGAAAAUUAAAUUCCCAUUGCCAAAACGUAUUCAUCAUAGGAAUCGUAUGCCACUUUUCAGUGUUCGAAAACCACGUACCUAUUUUCUUUAAAUACUUUGAAUUAAAUGAUUUGCAUAUUGACAUCAAAUAUAUUACUCUAAAUGAAAUAAAACAUCUAUUAUAAUGCA